UCAUUCAAACCAGCCACACACUGGGACAGCAAAGAAUUCACACAUACAAACACAUGCGCACAGACAAGCACACAUCAGUAAAGACGUGCUCCAGUACAGAGCGUUACAGACACACACAGAGGGGCUUCCCUUGUGAAACCACUCACACACUGUCUGUAGCACUUUCUACCUCUUGCUUACAAACACACACACACACACACACACAAGCAACAGCUGUCAACAUGUUGUUGCCAAGAGCUUUGACCCUGUUCAUCCUGUGGGGUUCUGCCUCUUGUGUGCGGUAUCGGGCUGACUUCAAUAUGAUGGGAGUCACUGGUUGGAUCUUCUUCGACUCCACAGAGCACAAGUCCACCGUUAAUCUCACAGGAACAGGCACAUGUCGAUACAAUAUCUCCCUCACUACGUUCCCGGUUAUGUACGGCCAUUUUGCUUCACCUUGUCAAAAGUCACACAUAGGAAACAGUGUGUUCAUGUUUACUGUAGAUCAGCCUCAGGCUGCUGUGAAUGUGUCUACUCUGUUUGAACAGCACAUUAGUCUGGAUGCCCUCUCGGUGCUGGUGGACACAUGUAAUGGUGCAAGGAUUUGUGCCAGACUUACUUCGGAGUCCCAGGUAAGAACAUGGCGUGCACGGUUUUUCAGUCCCGUGGCUGGAAACGUCUACAUCCGGCAAGUGAUGGGAGAAGCAGGAGCAAGGGUUCUCUCAGAUCUAAGAAAUGUCGAUCAGACCAGGAUUUUUUCAAAUGUCACGAUUUUAGUGUCACAAAGCUCUGCCACCAGCUGCAAUGCACUUCUCAGUAAUCUGGAUCCCAAGAGUCUUACAAAGCUGGGCGUUUUGAAUGUGGGAUCACCUCUAGAACCUGUUCAAUCUCGAUUGGAAAUAUCUCAUCUCAAUUCUAAUGUCCGCUUCGCCGUUCUCGACUUGACCUCAAGCUACAUGUGUGCAGAGAUCCGAAGCAUCGCAAUGAAGGUAGUUAGUGCUGUUGUGAACAUGCAAGGGAUUAAAGGCUACUUCUCCUUCCGUCAACCAUCUCCGUUUGAUCUCACUACCAUCACUGUUAACCUGACAAACCUGGACAGAAGAGUUGGGCCGUACCACGUUCAUCAGUUUCCCCUUCCCCAAAUGAGAUCUCCGUCAGAUAGCAGCUGCAGUAACGACAACCUUGGGGGUCACUGGAACCCGUUUAAUGUGAAUACUCAGGCACCAGCGUAUCCGCCACCGAGAGGCUCCACUCAUGAUCUCUUUGAGGUCGGAGAUCUGAGCGCCAGGCAUGGGUCUCUGGAGAAUACGAAUAACUUUCAAGCCACUUUCAUGGACUGGAACCUGCCCCUGUUUGGGCGGAAUAGCAUUGUGGGUCGCUCUGUUGUUAUACACAUGCCCAACUCAACCAGAUUUGCCUGUGCAAGUAUCGGCUACCCAGACGAAGUGACUGUCGCCAAGGCUACCUUUCGUGGUCUGGUUGUGGGAACGGUCCUGUUCACCCAACUCAGUAGUGACCCAUAUUCUGAUGUCUCCGUAUUCUUGGACCUAUCCUACGGACAACUUUCUGCACCUUCUACGGUGAAUCACAACUGGCAUGUCCACAACUAUCCCAUCAGCACAGAGACUGACAAUGACAAGGGAUGUUGUCUGUCAACUGGAGGACACUGGAACCCAUACAACAUUGACAUCACAGUGAGUGCAUACGCUGUAAACUGUGCUCCCGACAGCCCUUUUGCUUGUGAAGUUGGGGAUAUCUCUGGCAAGCACAAGACUGUGGACCUACAGUCUGAGAUGGGAACGGUGGCCACCAAGAACUUUUUUACUGACACCACUUCUUGGGUGUCUGGAAUGAUUGGACGUUCUGUGGUGAUACAUGGUCCAAACCAAACAGGUCCACGGAUCGCUUGUGCAAACCUCACCUUGUACCAUUUUCCAUCUGCUCGCUCGGAUUCUUGGCUUGGACCUGGAACCUCUGAAGGUCAAAUCCGAUUCUCCCAAGUGUCUCCUCAAGGACCAACAAUCCUAAAUAUCUCCUUUACCGGGCUUAAUGCGAGAGCCGGAGGCUACCACAUCCAUAUUCUUCCAAUCAAAAGCACACAGGAACCUUGCUCUGACACCAACAUCAUGGGACACUUUAACCCGUUUUCUGUGAACGCAGCCUCAUCUCCAGCUCCAGGGAAUGGUACGGUUGACCAGUAUGAGAUUGGAGACAUCAGUGGGAAGUUUGGAGACCUGACCGGUCAGAACAACUUUCAGAAUCAGUACACGGAUGGAAAUAUGCCACUUUCAGGACCGAACAGCAUAAUUGGCCGGUCUCUGGUCAUACAUUACACCAACAGCUCAAGAAUGCGGUGUGCAGAUAUAUCAGCAGAAGACUCCCCAUAUGGAAACUGGGUGAUGGCCAAGGCCAUGUUCAGUAGUGCUGUAACUGGGACAGUGACGAUGUCCCAGCUAACCUUUCCAGAUGGCAGCUAUGGUGACGUUAUAUUGGAAGUGGAUGUGCGGGCAUCACAAUUAUCAAAUCUUGCAGAGGCUUCCUGGUACAUCGCAUAUAAGCCAGUGGGGUCAGAUGGCACAUGUCCUGGUGAAGAAGAAAUAUUUAAUCCAUUCAACAUGACAAAUAUGAACAGCUGUUCUCAGGUCAGGUUUCUGUCCUGUCUGGUUGGAGAUUUGAUGGGAAGACAUGGAUCCAUAAGUCUCACCAAGAGACAACUGUACAAUGACAUUCUGUUGCAACUGGCCGGAGACUUCACAGUUGUCCAGAGGUCAUUAGUUCUCAGACUCAAUAACACCACAACCGCAUGUGCAGAUAUUCUCCCAGAAUCUCCCUCUGCCAUGCAGAUCUUCCCCAAAAUGGCCUCCUUCGGCAGGUAUGCCUUCCGUAAGAGAGUGGCAGAUGUGUUGAACCUCCACAUAUCCAGAGUUUCUAUCUUACCUGGUUCUCCUUUACAAGGGUCUGAUGGGAAAUGCCAGCAGGUCAAUUAUCUGGUGUCAGGUGAGGUGAGCCAAGAGAAGCUGAAAUCUGUUAAGACGAGUGACGAGAUGGGUGUUUUCAAAGAAUCAAAGGCGUGCACUCCAACUGGAAACACAGGACUGAUGCUGGUCCCCUGCAGGAUGCUACUGUCCAUCAUGCCGGCAGCAGUCUGUCUACUCGGGUUACUGAGGCACUAGAUGGAGCUUUCAGUGAUAUCACAGCACUGCCUUCACUUCGUUACUUUAAUAAAACAGGACAUGUUCAGCCCAACACCGAGAACGUGGCAAAUGAUCAAUAUUGCAACCCGAACCUUAAAGAACAUUCCUCAUUUCAUCAUGUUACACACCCAAGCCCUUAAAAGAAAAUGAUAUGAUCAUGUUUCACAAUCGUCUGUAUCUUGCUGCUCUGUUCUAAAUGGGAUUAAUGGACAUGUAUUCGUUGUAAAUUCCUCAAAAGUCUAACUUAAUACUGUAUUAUACUGCUUCCCUGAUUUAUUUCUAUUCACUGUAUAUUUUGUAUGAUGCAACCAGUGUGAAUACAACACAACCCUUGUUUUCAUGCAACACGACUCUAUAAUUUGUUAUGUGAGCCUGUGAAAUGAAGUCUUAUGUCUUACACUGUUUGUGUGUUUUUUAUGGGUGUCUGGC